UCGGCAAAGUGGCAGCUGAGCUCAGGCGAGUGCAGGCAUCAGUCCGAAAGCGCUGCACUGCUGCACGUAACCUACACAACGCUCCCUCAUCACUUUCACUCUCGGAUUUACAAAAAAAAAGUCCCGAAGAACAAAUUUGGCAGAAAAGGCGUGGAUGAAAGAAGGGUGAAAAGUUAUGGACGAAAGAAUAGCGCGACUACAGGACAGGCAGUUCCUCGAUCAUGCAGAUUUCUUGGGGGUCGAGUAUUCGUCCCUCUACAUGUGCAAAUCAAAAAGAGGCAUGAAACGAGAGGAAGGAAAGGACGCUUACAAGUUACCCCACAGACUGAUAGAGAAGAAGAGAAGGGACAGAAUUAAUGAAUGCAUCGGACAGCUGAAGGACUUACUACCCGAACAUCUCAAGCUGACGACGCUGGGUCACCUGGAGAAGGCAGUUGUUCUGGAGUUGACCCUGAAACACCUCAACGCUUUGACGGCGGUGACGGAGCAGCAACACCAGAAGAUACUCGCUCUGCAAAACGGUGACCGGUCGCUGAAGUCCUCUCUCCAGGCUGAUCUGGACGCUUUUCACUCGGGCUUCCAGGCGUGCGCCAGAGAGGUGGUGCAGUACCUCAGUAAAGUGGAGAAGUGGACUAGCCGCGAGCAGCGCUGCACUCAGCUCGUGGACCACCUGCACAAAGUGUCCGCGCAGCUUCUCCAGCACCCGCUGGCCAGCGGCGACGGCCACGGCCACGAGCGAGAGCGCGAGGGACAUUCCGCCAAAGACGGCCACGCCAACUGCGUGCCCGUCAUUCAGAGGACUCAGCACCCGGAGCUGAACGAGAACGACACGGACACCGACAGCGGCUACGGCGGCGAGGCGGACAAGAGCGACGGGCGACCGGACAGAGCGAGCGACGUCGGAGCCGUGAAGGGACGUAAAAUCAAGCAGGAGUUCGAGGGCGAUGAGCAGCGGCCAGCCAAAAAGCCCAAACUGAACUGGGCCGCAGGGGGCGCCGCGGGCACGGACGCUGCCGGCCGGCCGGAAAUGGCUUUUAUGAACUCGCUGAUGGCGGGAAUGGCAGGUGUGGGGCAGCAGGCCCCCUUCUGCAUGCCCUUUUACUUCAUCAACCCGUCGGCGGCGGCUUCUUACGUGCCCUUUCUGGACAAGAACCACGUGGAGAAGCUGGUUUACCCGCUGGCCGCGCCUUUCCCCUGGCUCUAUCCCGGACUGCCCGCAGCAGCGGCCACGUUUAACUCCAAGAGCUUCGACGCGCUAUCCAAGGAUGGAGACUCUUCUCCUCCUCCUUCUGCCGUCGCUCACGAUGACCUGGAGAACCGAGCAGAGGCUUCCUCCCCAGCGGUCGGGGAGCAUGGCUCAGAAAUGAUGGAAAACACUGGAGAGCAGAGCCAAAGAAAUGAAAACGAGGGUACAUAGGCUGCCAGCUCACUUUGCACCUCGUUUUUGGCUUGUAAAAUCGCGUAGCCUAUUUAUCCGUUCCUUAAUUUAAUGGUUGUUGAGUGUUCAUGUAGUUGUUUCUAUGGAGUUUUCUGACGAAAGCUGUAAUUUCAUUUAUUAUUCUUUUCUCUCUCUCUUUUUUUUAAAGGGAUGUUUUGGCAGAAAUAUCAGAUUUACACAGGUUCCUGUGUGUUACCCCAGGUGUGGCUGCUCAGCCAAAGUUGACUUCUUCAUUAACUGUAGUAGUAUAUGUAAUAGAAAAGAUGUUGGGCUAUUUUAUAGCUGUAAUUGCCCUAAAGCUCCAGUGCAAAACCAAAAAAAGCAAGCUUUGGACGCGAUGUCUGGAGUGGUCGAUUACACCUGUGGUGAGGAGUAAACUGUGUAAAUUAAAUUUUUCGCCAAACUGUUUCUUUACGUUGGAAGUAUUUGCAGAACAAGGUUUUCAUCGUCCAAUUGCUCUUUAGCUUCUGUGGGAGAAUGAAUGGGGGUAGUUGUAACAACCUAGUGCCUUCAGCACUCAAUCCUUGAGCUAUUCUGAAUGGAAAUCGACACUGAUUGACAAGAGCCUACAUGUCUGUCAUUAUUGCCAUUUUAAAAAAUCAAUGGCGUUAGUCUUAAGAGAAAAAUGGUGUUAAACUGAAAAUUUGUUCCUUUUUUGUUUGCUGAGGAAAUUUAGUCUAGUGCAAUACUUGUUAACGCUCUGUGAGUUACAACCAACUGCACCUCUUAUCAACCGUUUGGAAAUAUAUUGGCCUCUUGGAUGUACCGUAUGAUAGUGACCUCAAGCAAGCUGAAGCGACUGCUGCAGGGUUUUGGUAGAAGAACUUUAUUUUUGGUAGAACUACUGGAUUUGCCAUUGACAGUGAGGUUCUUUUUCAUGUUUUAAUCUUCAGUGCUUGAAAAGAGUUACUUAAAUACCUCAACAUACUUUAGCAUUUAGAUAUUUUAGAUCAGGAUCCAUUCAUUCCUACAGACGCUCCUCUGGUAGGGGCGGUGCAGUGACCUGAACUUUCUCAGAUAGGACAGGACUGGUCUCCUUUUUUUUAAAUCAGAAAAAAAGAACUUUGUGAGUAACAAUCCUCUGACUUGCUGUUACGACAGCCCCCGCUCUCUCCCCCAAUAACUCAUCCGAAGUUAAGUUUAUGUGAGGCGUGAAAUCGCACCUUGAAUAUUUAAGGCUUAAAGUGGGCUUGUCACUUGUACUCUCCGACUCUCUGAAGGGUGCUUGUGAUCUGAGGAGGAUGUUUCACCAUCUCCAACAAUUUAAUAACUUCAGGCCAAUUUUCUAGAUGCUGUUAGGCCUAGCGUUGGACUAAUUUACACCAUCUUUGGGGGUUCCCAUUUAGUCUUGGACUUUGUGUCUGGAGAGGUGGUCCAUGUGUAUGUGGGGACAAACCAGACAUCUCCAGCAAAAACAUUCAGAAUAUGUUAGCACCUUAUGGAACUUUGAUAUUGAAUGUAAUCUGUGUUUUUGGUAGACAUGAAAGUUUGUAAAUAUUCUGAUAAAAGUAGAUCUCUAAUCCGCGAGGUAAAGUGCACUUGUUCAUGCCUUUUUUGUUCCUUUAACACACUCCUCACGUUUCGUUUCUAAUCCGAUGCCCUUUGUAAUUCCAAUUGUAAUAUAUAUUUUCUUAAAGAAAUCCUGGCUGAAAGGCAAGUCAUGGACUAAAUGUAUCUUGAAUAAAUGUACAAACUGCGACAUAAUAGUUGACUCCAUAGCAACACAUUUCAGUAGACCUCUUCUGAAAUCUGACUUUUAUUCAGGCAGCAAAUUCAGGCAGCUUCUGCAAGUCAGUGUUGAAAAUCUUAUGAUUUCAGUACUAGUCUGGCUAAACAGUUAAAACAACUAAUGUAUUUUGCCUUAUUUAGUACAGCCAUUAGCCACAACAUGAUGUAGUAACAUUAGGUAAAGUCCCAAUCAGCAAUCACGGCAUCUGUCCAGACAAGUUAUUAAUACUGCAGCAGCGCAGGAGUUUAAAUAACAAGAAGGAAAACAGUUCAACCGAUAUUGUGUACAUAAACCAUGCUCCAUGCUACUAAACUCAGAGCUGCACCUGUGGUGGCCAUGGCACAGGUCCUGCAGUUGCUGACUGGGACUUUACGUCUUGUGUAACAUGCAUAGUGCAUGUUGCCCUGCACGUGCACACAAAAGAAUGCAGACGACCUUGGGACUGGAGGAAUAUAAGAAGAGAAGCAUUGAUUUUUACCACAAGAUCAAUGUUAAUUAGACUGUAGCAAGUAACUUUCCUGUUGGAAAAUACUGAGUAUGUAUUGUUUAUAAGUACUGUUCCUUUACAUUUGUUAGGAAGAGAAUACUUUUGCAUAGAACACAUUUUGUAGGCCCCUUUUAGCUUUUUUUUUUUUGCCUCAACUGUCUCUUUGCCUAAGCAGCGGCAUGUGUCAUGUACAUAGGAUGUGAAUAUGCUAAAUGUCCAAUGUUCAUGUUGUAGGAGAAAUCUAUGGAUUUUAUAAAGGAUAUAACUGAACAACUGUUGCACAUUUCGUUAACGCUUUACACUAUUGCUGUUCUAAAUUAUUGCCGCACAGUUGUUGAAUAAAUAAAAGCUCAAAGACUA